AUUUUGACUAAUUAAGAGAGAGAGAGAGAAAGCGGGGGUGUCCUUUUACCUCCGCUUUCCUUCUGCUUCCUCAGAUUCCAAAAUCCCUGACCUCAAAUACCACGAAGUCAAUCACGAUUUAGGGUUUAAAUUUAGAUCAACAUCCCUCUUCGAAUUCGUCAUUUAGAACUCCCCAUCGAUCGCCAUCAAAUUCGGCGCUCUCUCUCGAGCACAUCAACAUUCAUCAUGGCUGCUUUUCCACUGGCAACCGCUGAAGUAUGCGAUGCAAACUCCCACCUAAUCACAAACGGCGAGCUCCGCGCCCUCCAUCCAAGCUUCCAGAUCUAUGGGCGUCGCCAGGUCUUUUCCGGCCCAAUCGUCACUCUCAAAGUCUUCGAAGACAACGUCCUUGUUCGUGAGUUCCUUGAAGAGAAAGGCAAUGGUAGAGUAUUGGUUGUUGACGGCGGUGGAAGCAUGAGAUGUGCCAUAUUAGGUGGUAACCCAGUUCAGCAAGCUCAGAACAAUGGAUGGGCUGGCAUAAUAAUCAACGGAUGCAUAAGGGAUGUUGAUGAGAUCAAUGGAUGUGAUAUUGGGGUUAGAGCUUUGGCAUCACACCCGAUGAAAGCUAAUAAGAAGGGGAUUGGUGAAAAGCAUGUGCCUGUUAAUGUUGCGGGAACAAGGAUCUAUGAUGGUGAGUGGCUUUAUGCUGAUAUGGAUGGAAUCCUUGUCUCGAGGUCAGAAUUAACUGUUUAAGCUUUCCAUAUUGCAAUUGAGCUCGUCUUUGUAUUGGUAUUUAAAAUGAAUGAUUCUUGUAUUUAUAUGAAUAAAUAUCUGCUUAUUACUAGAAAGACAUGGGGUCAAUAAAUGUUAGUUAAAAAGAAAAUGCUUCUCUAGAUUGCCAACUGUUAUAACCAUGCUUAUUUAUCUGGA